AUGAAUAAGUUUUAUAUUAAAAUUGUUUUUUUUCUUUUAACCAUCCCCCUAUGUGUUAAUAAUAAAACCCUUGUAAUCGAGCUUUCUCUAAAAAAAGAUACAAAACCCAAAUCAAUAAAUCAUUAUCAUACCAAUGAUAGUUCAGAAGAAGUAUAUGAAAAAAACAAACACCUAUUAUGUAACGAUCCCAAAGAAACUAAAAAUGCAUGCAACGUUAUGAAAGAAGCUUUAAUACAAUUAGAAUAUCAUACUACAAAUAUAGUUGAUUAUGGAUUAUAUAAAAUAUAUUAUACUGAUUAUGUGCGCUUUGAUAAUUAUAAUAAAAUAAUAAACAAGUAUUGGGAUCCCGAUAGUGAUCAUUUUUUGUAUAUAGGCUCGGUUAAAAGAAAAAUUGUCCGUAUGUACACUCCAAAUUUAGUAAUGAUACAACAACGUUCCAGAAAAUGGCCAUGGUCUCGUGAGAAAUAUUUUUAUGCUUUAGCUGCAAAAUUUGAAAUAUCAGAAAACAAAACUAUAAUUGUCAUGACUUCAGCAAAUAUAAAUGAUCACAACCCUUCCAAUGAAAAAUAUGAAAACGAAAUCGUAAAAAGCGCAAAUUUAUUCAAAACUGACAUUAAUUCUGAAGAUGACAUUAGAAAAGGAUACUUAAAAAAAACAUUUGUUAAUAUAGCUGGAUAUAUCAUUGAAAAAAAAGACAAAUAUCUUGAUGUCACCCAUGUCGAAUCUAUUGAUCGCUAUGCCCCCAGUUUCCUAAAUCGAAUGAUUAGAAAAGCUUUAAAUAAUUUUUUCCCUCAAAAAUAA